AUGGCUCCCGACCGACAGUCCUCCCUCGCUCUCCAGCAACUCCUCCAGGCCCAGGUCUGCGUUUCCAACGGCUCAGGCCUGCCCAAGAUCUUCUUGAACAACGCCUCCGACUCUGAUUCCUCCACCGCACCUAGCGACUUUGACUAUAGCAGCGAACCCGAGUCCGAGUCAGACGACGAGUCCGAAGAUGAACUGGCACUGGAAGAUGAAGAGGAACAACUUUCACCAGAAUACUACCUCCAGGAGGCCGAGUCUCUGGAUGUCUCCCAGCUCCGACAGAAACGCUAUAGCCCGAAAACUCAAGAGAGGUUGGAUGAGGCGCAAGAUUUCUGGGAUAGGUUCUGUAAAGGCGCAAAGCGCGAUCCGGUGGAAUGUCUGCCCUGUCUCUCUGAGACUGAGGAGACAGUCCGCUUCCUUAAGGCUCUCUUUUCCUGGCGGUGUGACCAACGACGGGGGAAGGAUGGACGUCGUACCCCGGGACUGAAAACCAAAAGCUCACUCGACGCAUUCUGGAAGUGGUGGCAUCUAAUCUACAAGGCCGAGGUUGGACAUGGCCUCAGCAAAGAUAUUCAAGUUAAGAUCCGUGAUGUGCACGCGAUAGUUGCGACGGAGAAGAAUCUUUCCCUCAAAAAGCGACCGAAAGCGACCAUGUUUAUCGAGGAUGUGGCUGAGUUUGCCCGAGUGAUCCUGACCACGACAGAGAUGACUUUCCUUUGUGGCUGGUACCGUAUACAACUCCUCCUUUUCUGCCAGCUGGCCGCUAUCACCGGUAGCCGUCCCGGGGCGCUACUGAAACUUCGCUUCGUGGAUCUCAAGUUGACAUUAAUUCGGGAUCCGAAGGGAGGGCGUCCUCGACUUUUCAUCUACCUGAGACCGGAAUUCACAAAAUCAUUUCUUGGCGAAAAAGAGUCAGACACGUUCCCGAUUCCAGAAAUUAUCUUUGAUCCCACGUUGGUCCUCAGUCCUCAUGUUUUCCUGCUGGGCAUGCUGUUUAGAAUUGGCGCAUUUAAAAGUCUGUCCAAAGACGGCCCUGUGACGGAUUGUCCCGAGAAAUUGUAUAGCCUUCGGGUCCUACAUGGCCUUGGUGAGCAGGAACUGAAGCUCAAGGACGAACUUCUCGAUCAGCAUGUGGUGAGAUUACGGGCUUUGCGGAAGCCGCGAAGCCAUAUUGUCUUCGAUACGGUGCAGCAAAAGCGUUCAACGAUAGUCAACGUGAUGCUGCAGCACGCCAGCAUUGAUACUUUUGUCCGGCACUACAGUGUGGGUAUCCACGUAGAUGCUCAGGCAAUUGUCCGGGGCUUGCCCGCUGAGAAACAGCUCAUCCAGUUUGCCUGCUCGAUGAGUCGGUCCAUUGACCCUCGCAGACCCUACCGGCUUGAGGAUUCGAGCUGCAUCAAUGAUAUUCCCCGCGUGUGUGCCCUGGAAGACAGGAAGCAAGCGAAAAAGCGGAUUCAAGACAUUAAGAUGCGCACCUAUGAAAAUGCCCAGGCCGCAUUACAACAAGAGUUGGGUGAUAAUCCACAGAGCGCCUCUCUUUCCAGAACCGUCCGCAAGCGGAGGGAGUCUCAAGAGAAAAGUGUGAAAAAGUUACAUCAGAAAUUUGAUCAUGCAGAUGAGCAGUAUGAUCGCUCAAGACGGCAAAAGCACCGCCUGAUUCGUGAGAAUCUGGAGCAGUACAAGAACGAGCAGCCAGUGAUCAACAGUGAGCAGCAGCUUGCCGGGAAAGUUGUUGACAAAGAAGUUAUGGGUGCGUUGCAGCAUAUGACACUUAUUGACAGUAUCCUGACUAUGCCGGGUACGACGGUCAAGAAAGAAUACGAACGCCGAAUUGCCGCAAUCAAUGCAGUGAUUGCAGUCUGUGAUGCGGAAGAGGGUGCUCCCUCGCGGCCUGGUGCGUCGCAAAAACACCCUGUCAAUGCUGUUGAUAUACUACCUGCUGCCCCCCUGCCUAAGAGACAGAAGUCUACCCCUUCAGAUAAGAGUGACGAUACUUUUUCUCGAGCCGUCGCUUCUGUUUGCGUCAAAUCUCCAGAAGAGAGACCAAAGAUAUGCUUCAUUUGUCUUGGUAAUGCUAGACUGCCAGAAGGCGAACGCCUGAGAAUGUACAAGAACCCCGGGUCCCUCAGCCGACACUUCGUCAACAAACAUAUCAAGCCGUUCCCAAAUGACAUGCACUGUGAGUGCCAAGUUUGCGGGGAAAAGCUGAUAUCAAAAUCGGGACUACUGAACCACGCGGAAAGAGUGCAUGGAACUGUCUCCUGCUUACCUUUACCAGCUCUUGGCCUACCCCUCCCAUAA